UCGAGUAGCCUAUUACAAAAUUGUUGUAACGACCAUUCAAUAUACCAAAUUAGAGCUGUUUGAAUAUUGACACUCAACUUUUUAUCCGUUCGAUGUUUAAGUUCUAACGUUAGCGUUUCUCUUUUGUUUUAUCAAUGUUCAUUUUUAUUCAUAUGAAGUAGGCCUAGUAGGCUAGUGCUAUUUUAUAGACAAUGUUAUGUUUUGUUGCCUAGGUUAUAGUUUCAAAUGAUUGUGGACGAUGAUUUCUGAAGAACUGUUGUUUUACAUAGAAAUGGACAAGGAAGAAUCAGCAGGUCUUCAUCACUACCAUGAGGCUCUUAGGCUUCACAGAGUGGAUGCUGAAUGGUACUGGGGUGAUGUGUCAAGAGAGUUAGUAAAUGAGAAGUUGCAAAACAGGCCAAAUGGCUCUUUCCUGGUGAGAGAUGCCUCCUCUAAGAUCCCAGGAGAAUACACUCUAACUGUGAGGAUAAAUGGCGACCAGAAGCUCAUAAAAAUCCUUCAUCGAGAUGGGAAAUAUGGAUUUAUAGAACCUCUUAGCUUCAACUCAGUUGUGGAGCUCAUUGGAUACUUCCAAAACCGAUCACUGGCCCAAUACAAUCCCGCAUUGGACGUGGCACUUGUGCACCCUGUCUCUCGCUUCUGUAUGACUCAAAAAGCAAAGGAGAUUCCUGAAGCCACCAGGGAAUGUUAUCAGAGUCAGUGUGACCAAACAUUGAAGGAAUAUUAUCAACUUUGUGGAUCUUACACACAGUGUAACGUUAAUUCGUCGGAGCAUCCUCACAAAGAAAGAGUCAUGGCAGAUCUGAACAGGGUCAAAAUCCUAUAUAGUAAGCUAAAGUUUUGGCAAGAUGAAUGUCACCAUGGCAAGGUGCCAAGUCCUGUUUUGUCCAACAAAGAGGAUCGCACAGAGCCCAAUCUGAAGCAGCUUUGUAAAAUCAUCAGUCUACAUCUGACGCCGCACUUUCUGGCGGCGCAGCAGGACUGCUUGUCAUUGUGGGAAGAGACAAGCUGGUUUGUUGGUGACCUGAGUCGAACGGAGGCAGAGGAGUUGCUCCUUGGAAAACCAGAAGGAGCCUUCCUCAUUCGCCAAAGCAGCAAAAAAGGCUGCUAUGCCUGCUCCGUGGUGGUGCACCAGGAAGUUGGGCAUUGCAUAAUUCACUGCACACCCCAUGGCUACGGCUUUGCUGAACCCUACAACCUGUACAGGUCGCUGAAAGACCUGGUGUUGCACUACCAUCAAACCUCUUUGGCUCAGCACAACGAGGCACUGGACGUGCGACUGGCCUACCCUGUCCACCUGCUUGUGUCCAGCCUUCAUGGAUAAGACUGAGACGCCUAGAACACCUCUAACCACUUGAUACAACAGCCACUUUCCAGAUGUUUUGGACAUGUUUACACUGAUCAUAUUUACUUGAGGGCUUGAGGGAUGAAAAGAAUGUAUUCAAAUGUGAGAUUUUUUAUUUCAGUGUAAUUACUGUUUGAACUAUAUCCUCAUUGUACUACUCAUUUAUAAUUUUUUGGGGAACUAUCCUAGACAUAAUGGAUGUUAGUCUGACUGCCAAGCUGGAUAUCUUUCCUCUAUUUACUUUUGUAAGUAAAACCAGUUAAGGUAUAAAAACA